AUGAUAUCUACCAAGCAAGUUAGAACAAAUAACGAUUUAAUGUUAUGCCGGCUGAACAAGAAGAUCGCAGUAUUUAAGUUAGUUAAGAAACAGUCGGCUGUUUAUGCUAUCUUUUGUUUUUUAAUGAUAGCUUAUCUUCUGCCAAGGGUUGUUGGCAGUGAAUCGGCUAAACCCCGCUCGCACAGACACUCGAUGCAGCCCUUAGAGUUAGUAAGCGUUGGUGACCACGGUGGCUUGGUUCAGGAAAGCAACCAUACAUUCCAGGAGAAGCUCAAAAACACUUGCGAAUUACUCGGCCAGAAAUACUUUCCCGUCUUUAUGCUAACCCUAAUAUGUAUUCUCUUCAUGUGCACUCUCUUCCUUCUCUUCCAACACCCGCUGUCCAUCCAAGAAAUCUCUAUCUUAGCCGAUUCGAGUGCCCGGGCCAGAGAGCUUUGCAAAUCCCAAUACUACCAGACAACACUACCAGGCGCCUGCAAUGCAAACCGAAGCGCCGUAGUCUACACUGGAGUUGGCCACCCAAACGGUACGGAGUAUAACUAUUGUAGCACCCUGGUCUAUGAACUGCCAGCACUAACCAAACACAAUGCGAUGAGUAUCCUAGACCAUCUGGUCGAACUUCUCAAGAUCAGCCCAGAACCACAAAAUGAUCUCGACAACGAAGGUAGUAUUAUUCCGAACGAGGAAUAUGUCCCAUAUAGAAACUACAUGAGAAAGAUCAAUCUAUACUUCAACCCAACCUCGGAAGCUAUCCGUGACUUUAAUGAUUAUCUAGAUACGUUCUUCUUGGACUAUCUAAGCAGGGACCCAGAGUAUUUCGAGCGGUUCCGUUCAGCCUACAAAUAA